AUGACGAAAGUUGGCUACGACAAAAAGGUCACCAGUCUUGCUCUCGAGCUGACACCGGACUUCGGAAAUUUCGUGUAUCCGGACCAGCGGGAGGAGAAGACCAGAAAUGCCCCAUGCACGACUCUGUACACGCCAGGUGCGACGCCGGAUCCAUGGCGAGCGACAACCCCGGCUCGGUAG